AUGUACCAAAAUAAGAGUCUCAUCUUUAAGAAUCCUCCUAUUGGGUGGCCAAAACCUGAUGUUGAUUUCGGUGUGGAAUGCCGGCCGAUUGAUAUUAAUGGGGAUAUUCCUCUCGGUGGCGUCAUCCUAAAAAACUGCUACGUUUCUCUAGAUCCGUAUCAGCGUGGACGGAUGCGAGCACCAACAGUCGAUUCGUAUUCUCCACCUUUCACGAUAGGCGAUCCAAUGGAAGGCCAUGUUAUUUCAAGGGUCAUCAGAUCAGCAUCUACCAAGUUACAGCCUGGAGAUUUUGUGUCUGGAGUGGGUCCUAUUCAAGAGUUUAGUGUAUUGUCUGCGGGAGUUGUCGAUGGCUUUACUAGAAUCGAAAAUCCCUACAACCUGAACCUAGAAAUCUUUCUUGGGCCGCUAGGAAUGCCUGGUCUAACAGCCUAUUCAUCAUUUUAUGAAAUCGGGAAGCCAAAGAAAGGGGAAACCAUUUUCAUCUCUGCGGCUUCUGGUGCUGUCGGACAGCUAGUUGGGCAGCUCGCGAAGCGGGAGGGUCUUUACGUUAUCGGCUCUGUUGGCGAUGAUGAGAAGGUUGAAUUUAUUACCAAAGGCUUGGGUUUUGACGUGGGUUUCAACUAUAAAAAGGAGGUGAUAGGAGAAGCAUUGAUGCGUGUAGCACCAGAGGGAAUCGACAUCUACUUCGAUAACGUUGGAGGACAAACGUUGGAAUCUGCCUUGUAUGCUAUGAGGCCUAGGGGUCGAAUUGUCGUUAGUGGCAUGAUUUCUCAGUACAAUCUCCAGCCUUCAGAGCUUUAUGGUGUUAAAAACCUAUUCAUGGUUAUUACAAACCGCAUAACUAUACAAGGUUUCAUCGUCACUGAUAGUGAUAUGGGCCCGAAAUACUCGGCUGAACACCUAAAAAACGUUUCACAGUGGAUCUAUGAUGGUAGCCUUAAACCUAAAAUCCAUGUUGAUACUGGAAUGGAUCAUGCUUGCCAGAGUUUUAUUAAUAUGCUGAAGGGUAGAAAAAUAGGAAAAGCAGUUCUUCAGAUUGCUGAUCUAAACGGGGAUUAA